AAAUGACCAAAUAAUUAAAACACGUCACGUGAAUUAUAUGAUCUCUCUCUACCUCCCUUUCUUCUUCUCCGAUCCGAUCUUCUCCUCUGUUUUUUGUUUGUUUUAAUUUUUUUUUUUUUACAUAAUAACAAAGAUCAAGAACAGAGACAGAGUUCUGUUUAAAACAAGAAUUAAACUGUCCCUGAUAUCUGCAUAACCAAACACACACGAAAAAAAGGAAAGAAAUAUGUCAUCAGGUUUCAGCGGCGACGAAACUGCUCCUUUUUUCGGCUUCCUUGGAGCCGCAGCUGCUCUCGUAUUCUCUUGUAUGGGAGCAGCAUAUGGAACAGCAAAGAGUGGAGUAGGAGUGGCAUCAAUGGGAGUGAUGAGACCAGAGCUAGUAAUGAAGUCAAUAGUACCAGUCGUUAUGGCUGGUGUUUUAGGAAUUUAUGGUUUAAUUAUAGCUGUUAUUAUUAGUACUGGUAUUAAUCCUAAGGCUAAAUCUUAUUAUCUUUUUGAUGGUUAUGCUCAUUUGUCUUCUGGUCUUGCUUGUGGUCUUGCUGGUUUAUCUGCUGGUAUGGCCAUUGGGAUUGUUGGUGAUGCUGGUGUUAGGGCCAACGCCCAGCAACCAAAGCUGUUUGUUGGGAUGAUUCUUAUCCUCAUCUUUGCUGAAGCACUUGCUCUGUAUGGUCUUAUUGUGGGAAUCAUUCUCUCAUCCCGAGCAGGCCAGUCACGUGCAGAAUAAGAAAAGGAUUAAUAGUUUCGCACAUAAUGGCCUUCAUUAAUCUAGUUAAAAAAAAUUGAAUUGUAUGUUAUGACUGGAAGUUGCCCAUAUUCUGCUUAAAUUGUUUGAUUUUAUUUGCUUUAAUAGCUAGGCUCUUGUAAAUUAGGAAACUGGGUAUUCUGCAGUCUAUACUACUUAUGAUGAUUAUUUUGGAAUGAUUCUACAUGCUGAUCAAUUGUUUUAGAAUGAUUCUGUAUAUUGAUCUAUAUAUUAUUUUGUUUCUAUU